AUGACUAUGCCUGUUGGACCAGUGCUACUGCAGGAACCGAAGAAGAAGACGACAGCUGUGCUGCUCCGUCGCUUAUCAUCCAUUGUCUCUUAUACAGCACUUAGGAGCUAUCACACUGAUAUACCAGUACCUGAUUUCAACGAGUAUAGAAAAGAAAGUACUAGAGAUCACAGAGAACCAUCUAAUGACUUGAGUCGUAAAGCAUUUACAUAUAUGGUGUUAGGAGGUGUGGGGCGUGGUAGUGCUCAUGCUACCAAAAGCACUGUGGUGGACUUCUUAUCAACACUGUCAGCAUCAGCAGAUGUACUUGCUCUAUCUAAAAUAGAAGUCGAUUUGUCUGUCAUUCCAGAAGGUAAAAAUAUAGUUGUCAAAUGGAGAGGGAAGCCCCUGUUUGUGCGUCAUCGUACCCAGGAAGAAAUCGAUCUUGCACGUGAUAUAGAUAUCACAACUCUUCGUGAUCCACAGCAUGACGAUGAUCGUGUUGUACGUCCGGAGUGGUUAAUCCUGAUGGGUGUAUGUACUCAUUUAGGUUGUGUCCCCAUUGCUAAUGCUGGUGACUUUGGAGGAUAUUUUUGUCCCUGUCAUGGGUCACAUUAUGACACCUCUGGUCGUAUCAGGAAAGGUCCCGCCCCCCUUAAUUUGGAGGUACCACCUUAUGAAUUUAACGAUGAAACUCUAGUUGUAGGGUAA